GUUGAUAAUAACAUGGAUGGGCUCGAGGGGGCGGUGGUGGACUGUCAGCGGUUUUCCAGAGUUAUGCUGUUAGCCAUGAACGGAUGAAGUUAAGUGACUUAAUGAUUCAUCGAGCAAGAUUAAACGUUAAAUUGUGAGUUAUUCUCCACGGGUGAUUUUUGGAUUUCGUCGCCGUGUGCACGGAGGAGGCGUGUUAACGGUAGUGUAGUUAGCUAAGUUACGGUAUCGUUAGCCAUCAAGAAGAAGUGUCACCGCUUGCACCAGCUCUCUCAGCAGGGGACGAGGAGAGCCUGUCUAUGGUCAUGGCUAGCUCGGGGGCCACAUCUAGUCCUAUGGUGAACCUGGCGCCUAAGACUAAAACGAAGAAGAAACAUUUUGUGCAGCAGAAGGUGAAAGUGUUUCGGGCCAGUGACCCCGUCCUGAGUGUCUUUAUGUGGGGCGUCAAUCACUCGAUCAAUGAUCUCAGCCAGGUGCCUGUUCCUGUCAUGCUGCUGCCUGAUGACUUUAAAGCCAACACCAAGAUCAAAGUCGACAACCACCUCUUCAAUAAAGAAAACCUUCCAGGACACUUCAAGUUCAAAGAGUACUGUCCUCAGGUUUUCCGAAAUCUAAGGGAACGGUUUGGCAUUGAGGAUCUGGACUAUCAGGUGUCGCUGACCCGUAGCCCUCCAGCGAGGAGUGUUGACGACCAGGGAGAGGGUCUGCUCCUCAACUGCUAUGACCGAACACUGGUCAUCAAGCAGAUCUCCAGUGAGGAUGUUGCAGACAUGCACAGCAUCCUGUCUGAGUAUCACCAGCACAUAGUGAAGUGUCAUGGCAGCACCCUGCUACCACAGUUCCUGGGGAUGUAUCGGGUGAGCGUGGACAGCGAGGAGGCCUACCUGAUUGUCAUGAGGAACAUGUUCAGCCACAGGCUGGUAGUACACAGGAAGUACGACCUGAAGGGGUCUCUGGUGGCUCGUGAGGCAAGUGACAAAGAAAAGGAAAAAGAGCUUCCUACCUUCAAAGACAUGGAUUUCAGGAACAACAUGCAGAAGGUGUACGUGACUGAGGAGCAGAAGGAAAAGUUGAUGGAGAAGCUCAACAGGGACGUGGAGUUUCUAGUGAAGCUGAAGAUCAUGGAUUACAGCCUGCUGCUCGGUAUCCAUGACGUGGGCCGAGGUGAACGGGAGGAGGAGGGUGAAGAGGUUUCCAACGAGGAGGAACAGGAAGCAGAGAAUGGCCUGGCUCUGGGCCCGACUGUGGGCUCUUACGGCGCCUCUCCAGAAGGAAUCGCCGGUUACAUGUCUUCCUACAAACCUCUGGGGCCUGGGGAGUUUGACCCCAUUGUCGAUGUGUAUGCAGUUGGGAGCUGCCCAGGAGCCCCUCAGAGGGAGGUCUACUUCAUGGGCCUGAUUGAUGUACUUACUCAGUAUGACACCAAGAAGAAAGCGGCUCAUGCCGCAAAAACUGUCAAACACGGGGCUGGUGCUGAAAUCUCCACAGUGCACCCCGAGCAGUACGCCAAGCGUUUUCGUGACUUCAUCUCAAAUAUUUUUGCAUAACACUGAGCACACUGCCUCAAGUCAUUGUAGCUGAAAGCUAAAAGUGAGUGCUACUGUUGACCAAAAAUAGCAUGCACGCACAGAUCAUUUAAACUUUAUUAUCUGAGGCAAGACUACUUGCUUAUGAUGGCGCAUUAUAAUGUACUUCUUAAGAUACAUAUUUAUUUUUAAGAUAUAUUUCUUAUAGAUAUUAAGCACUCUUAAUGGAAGAACUCUAGAGCAAUAAGGCACAUGGCAACAAACUGCUGCCGAUCAGUGUUCACUGUGAUAGACCACAUCAGUGAUAGAUCAAAUAUCUUUGUUUUUUUAAUGCCACUUUACUCUGGGUCCCCAAGGAUGAACUAAACUUAAGUGAAGACUCUGAUGUAAUUAGAAAUAUGUUUAGUCACUGCAAUGUCUAGAGUUAAAUGAGAAGAUCAUUACCACAUUCACAUCUGUCCAUGAAAUGUGAAGCUAUAGCCCCCAAGCUGUUAGCCUAGUUUAGCCAAAGACUGGAAACUGUAUCUAGCAGCACCUCUAAAGCUCGAUGAUGGGUUAGAGGCUUCCUGAAGUCUUGAGAAACUGGCCCGGUCAAUAAUGAUCUGGCUCAUUACCCACUGUAAAACCUUGUUUCAGUUUUUUCUACAGAUUAAACAAGAUAGAACCUGUUAACUAGUGAACUUUAAAGAGUAGCUACACCUCACUGCACUGUAUAUGGAAUCACAUUGCUGGUAUAUGAUGCUAAUAUACGGUAGGCCUUUUAUAUUUGCAUCAACAUUCAUAUUAUGUGUAAAAGGAAAAAAAAAAAGAAUUUAGCUAGUUUAUGUAACCGUGGAUUUGAAGGCUCAGCACAGUAAAUGCUCUGCUCCCCCCACGGCUCUAUAGCGACACUCCCACAGACGUACACAUCAGAAAGCUUCUCGUGGUAGUGCCACACAGUUUGUAGUCACAAGGUGUUUCUCCCUCGCUCUUCUGUUGCAUGUUUUUUUAUGUUGGGAGAAAGGCAUCUAGCAAAAUGUGAGUGUUUAGUUACGUUUUUAAAGCUGCUGUGUACACAGAUUCAGCUUCUUUGGACGGAGCCAAUCUAGCUGUUUCUGGUCUUUGUUAUAAGGUGAGCUACAUAUUUAACAGAGAGGUGUGUGUCAAAAGGACACUCCACUGAUUUACCUUUGCACUCCUAGAAUGCUAAACUCGCAGUGGAUGGUUGAAAAAUGAUUCCACAU